GAAAAGUUUUGUUGGGUGACAUCAUAAGUAGCGAAUAGAGGCAACGCACUUAGAAUUAGUCCAACUUCUGGUGCACUUUUGAGUGCAUCAAGUGUUUGCCUUUUAUUCUUGCAUAGACACUGGCUGAUGCGGAAGUUGAUCGGCUUGUUCACGAGAACAUAAAAGGAAAAGCCAGUGGUUCUACUCAGGUAAUUUCUCUAAAGGCAUGUUAUACAAAUCAAAGCUUAAAGUAAGUUUAUCAGAACUACUCAUUAGGUCCCUGAAGAAACUUUGCUUGUUUCCAUGUCAACAAUUAUACCUUUCAAUGUUCCUACAGCAGCCUUGAGAACUGAGUUCUCUAAAGUAAAGGCAGCAGCAGUACUGGCGACGUGAAAAUGCUCUCGAAGAAGGCCAAAAUCGAGUUAAGAAAAAAUGAUCCCAAUUAUGCUCACAAGAGAGCUGCCUUAAAGCUACUCAAGGUUCAUCCUCAACAACAAAGAAACUGUAUCAAUUUGCUUCAGUUUACUACUCGAAAUGAGUAUUCUUUUAUUAUUGAAUACUUCAGCAAGAUCAUCACCAUUAAUUUUGAUACGAACAAGAGCCUAUGGAGCUACAAGUACAAGCAAAGAGGAAGAAAAAACCUGGCAAAGGAUGAUUAUGAAAGAAGAUCUGCCGGUGCUUCUAUCGAUGGUAUAGUGGAUGCUCAAGAGCUCAACCUGGAUUUUCUGAUUCUUGAGGUGCCUAUUCCUAUGUGGAAGGAGGAUUAG